AUGGAAUACAUAAACAGCAUUCUAGGGAGUCAAGCUCAGACCCAACUGGUAGAGGAAGCGAUUCCUACACUAUGUAACCGAUUACAACAUUCAACCAUGCUCACAGAUCGUCGAUCUGCCGUGUUGGGUUUGAAAAGUUUCAGUAGACAGUACCGAGAAACUGUUGUUGAAUAUGGGUUAAAGCCAUUGGUAUCAACAUUAAAGAAGGACCACAACAAUGACAAUUUGGUUAAAUCCAUUUUGGAAACGUUUUUAAUAUUGUUUAUCCGUGGUGAUUCCAAUGAAGAUUUAACUCGAGGGUGGAUUUCGCAACAGCUGAGGUUGCAAAAUGGAAAGUACCCAUCGCCGUUGUUAAUGGAAGGUAUAACUUUGGACCAAAUGUCAUUGUGGAUUGCAGAUGCCCUUUUACAGGAUCAAGAGGCUUUUAAAUUGUUGGUAGACGGAUUGGAUCAAACUGACUACCAUUUGAGGCUAUACACCAUUCAACUUUUAGAAUCACUAGUGGCCAGUCGCGGCAUUAGAGUUAAGGAGGCUUUGUUGAAUAUUCCCACCUCAAUAUCCACUAUAUGCAAUUUGCUAGUUGAUAUGCAUGAACCGGUGCGCAAUGAAGCAAUCUUGUUGUUAAUGGCUGUGGCUAACAAUAAUUUCAAUAUCCAAAAACUAGUUGCUUUCGAAAAUACAUUCGAAACUUUAUUCAACAUAAUUGAUGAGGAGGGUGGAAUACGUGGAUCAAUUCUUGUUCAAGACUGUUUGACCUUGAUCACGAAUCUUUUGCAGUUUAAUGCGUCGAAUCAAAAAUUCUUCUUGGAAACUCAGUGUGUUCCUAGACUAGCGAGAUUAUUGGGCGAGCCAAUCGAUGAAACAGAAGGGCCGGAUAGUUUCGUCGAAAAUGGAGCGCCUAUUUCUCCACCUCCCAUGGUAUGGACUGAACAGAGAUUACAAAACAUGAUCAUUGCAUUGGAAAUUUGUCGGUUAUUGGUCUCAGAGGAUAAUGAGAUGGUUGUGCAAAAUCAAGACAAUUUAUAUCAAAAUGGUAUUCACUAUAUUCUUUUGAAGCUUGUAUUUUCGCCACUUACUGAAACUCCAGUUCGUACAGUUGCGUUGUUGGCUACUGCAGAUGCUAUAAGUGGGAAUCCAACAAUACAGUUUGAGAUUUCAAAAAUUGACGUGCCCUUUGUUGAUCCAUCUUUGCCACCACAUCUUCAAGCAUAUGACAAGCCUAUUCUGGUGCCAUUGGCUUGGCUCAAUUGGUGCUUAUUCCUCAAUUCAGUGCAUUUAUUUGAUAUACGAAUUGGUGCUGCCUACUGCUUACAAUCUUAUUUUAAACACAACCAAGAAUCAAAAAUGGCAUUCUUGAAUGAUCAAAUUUCUGCCUACUCUGACGAAGGUUUCUACAGGAAUCUGAAGGAAGAUUUACCACAAAUGAAUGGUAGUACUGUCGCUACACCUUUUGGAAACGUUUUUAAGGUAUUGAUGGACUAUGAUGCAGAUUUAAAAUUAAAUCCAUACAAAGUUUGGUUUGCAGCUAUAAUACUAAUUUACACCUUUCAAGAUGAACCAGAAAACAAGGACAUUUCAAGGGCCUUGGAGACGGGAGACGAAGAGGCGGGAGAAGAGGUUAUGACUUCAGUGCAGGCAGUUUCAAAUUUGCUUAUCACAACUUUGAAUCAUAUGGAUCAAAGAAUUGCUAUUGGGUAUUUGAUGCUUCUCACUGUCUGGCUUUAUGAAGAUUUCAACGCGGUGAAUGACUUUUUGAAAGACGAAUCAAUUGUUAAAUCGUUAUUGAACUCUUUGUCUCACAACUCAUCAGGUGAAAAUCUGCUUGUUCAUGGUAUGACUGCAAUAUUGCUUGGUGUGGUGUACGAAUUUUCUUCCAAGGAAUCACCAAUUCCGAGAAAAGAUCUACAUGCAUUGCUAGUGAAGAGCUUGGGGAGAGACAAUUAUUCCUUGAAAGUAAAGCAAUUGCUUGCCGAUCCUUUAUUUAAAUUCUUUGAUGAGUCACUGAAUUUUACCUCAAUACAGGAUGAAAGUGGUUUGCCGGAUGUCUAUUUCGACCCCAUUUAUGUCAAUUUGGUAAAGGAGAACUCAUUCCGCAUAAAAAGAGCUUUGUUCCAUGACCCUGAUGGUGAACCAAGACACAAAAUCUCCUACGAAGAUAUCGAAGAGCUCGACCUGAGAAUAUCUGAGCUCAAAAAGGAGAUGCAUGAAACAAAGCAGAAAAAUUUAGAGAACGAAUCAACCAUGAGGUCAAAGAUAAAGGAGCUAGAGACAUUGAAAGAGGAAUUGGAAAAACGCUUGGUAUCUACUGAGGCAGAACUUGAUAAGUUGAAGGAGGAACACAAGGCAGCAGAAGAAAAUAUUUCAUCUACACUGAAAGAUCUCAAGGAAGUUACAGCAUUAAAAAAUAAACAUGAAUCUUCAUCGACAAAGUUGCAGAAGGAAUUGGAGACGAGUUUAAAGAAAUUAGAAGCUCUCGAAAUGGGAAAAAAACAAUUGGAGUCCCUGUUGAGCCAAACAGAACUGGCAAAAGCUAAGCUUGAAGCUGGUGUGAAUGUAAUGACGAAAGAGCUUUUCCAAUUAAAGAAGCAAAACAGCGAUGCCGAGAGUAAGAUAAAGAAGCUUGAAAAGGAUUCAAAAAAUAUACAGAAUGAGUCCGGGAAAGCUAAACGUGCGAGUGAGAGUCAAAUCAACAAGCUUAAAGAGGAAAUCGAAAGUUUGAAGCAGCGUCUUGUCAACGAGCAAAAGGAACACUGGAAAGCGACCACGGAAAUGGAAUCAUUAAACAAAGACCUAAACGUGAAAGAAUCUGAUAUACUGAAAACUAGGCAAGAAGUGAUCGGUCUCAAAUCUAAAGUGGGGGAGCUUGAUCGGGAAAUGAAUUACUUGAAUGGCUCUCUUGAGAAGAAACAGACCGAGAUUCACGAGUUGAAAUCGGAAAUCGAAAGCUUAAAUGCAGAGAAGCUUACAUUAACAACUGAAACAGAUAAAUUGACUUCCAAGCUUCAGUCAGCUCGUGAGAAGUUGAUUCAGGUCGAAUCGGAUAGUAGCGAAAAGAUUAACAAGCUUGGGAAUCAAUUGAAGGAGUAUGCAUCUCGGGUGAAGAAGUUGCAAGAAGAAGUAAGUGGUCUUGAGAAGAAAGUGGAAUGCGUUCUGGAAUUGGAACAAGAAAAUAAGGAUUUGAAGGAUGAACUCUCGAGACUGCGAGAAGAGUUUGAUGCAAAGGAGAAGAAGUUGACCGCGUUGAACAAAGUCAAUGAAACAAAUGAGCAACUUUCCAAAGAGAUUAAAGAUAACAAAAAAGAACACGAGAAAUCUCACUCAGAGUUGUUGGCAAAAAUAAAAUCAUACAUGGACGAACUAGAGGCUGGGAAACAGAAAAUCAUUGCUGGUGAGAAAGCAGGAGCCGAGGCUAAAAAGCUUUCCACAGAGCUCAAAGUCUUGGAAGGUAAAGUAUCAGAGCUUGAGGCUGAAUUAUCUGAAAAGACCUCGCAGCUUGUGGAAGGAAUUGCGGCUGAGGACAAAAACCUUGAGCUCAAGAAAGAUAUUGAGAAGCUCAAAGAGGAGAUAACCAAGUCCAAGGAAAAUGAUGCUAAAUGUGACAAACUAAACAAAGAUAUCGAAGAGCUCGAGGAUCAAAUUAAAGAAAGUAAACUAUUACAAGCAGCUAAUAAAGAACUUCAAGAUAAAGUUGAAGAACUCACUAAAGAUCUUGAAUCCAACAAAGAAAAAGUUGAAACUGGCUCAGGUUUGAAAGAUGAGAUGGAAAAACUUAAAGCUGAACUUGGUGAGGAGAAGAAGAAGCAAAGUGUUGGCGAUGACGAAUUGCGGAAGGAAAAUGAGCGUCUCAGAGAGGAGCUCAAGAAAACCAAGAAGGAAAUACAAAAUGGUCUCGAUUUGCAAAGUGAAAACAAAGACCUCAAGAGGGAACUUAAAAAGAUUAAGGAGGAACAGAAGAUUUUACUUGAAGCACAGAAGCAAAACGAAUCUCUUUGCAAAGAGCUUGAAAAAUCUAAAAGGACCUCAUCAGAUGCCAAAAACCUCAAAAAACAAAUUGAGAAGCUCAGUAACGAAUUAGCUGAGGCUAAAAAGCAGAAGGAUGAGAUUAACAAGUUGCAAGAGGAGAAAACAAAACUUGAACUGGAACUUGAAAAGAGCAAGAAGCAAGCCAUCGCAUUUUCUGAUUUAGAGAGCCAAAAAAAUAAAAUUCAAAAGGAACUUGAAAAAGCCAAAAAGAGCCAAGACGACGUACAAGACUUGCGGAGCAAAGUCAAGAGUCUUGAGAGCGAACUUGAGAAGCGUAAGAAGGAAAUUCUAGAUGAUUUUAGUUUAAAAACUGAAAUAGAAACUCUCGCAAAUGAAAAGGAUUCUCAGCUGAAGGAAAUUGAGGAAUUAAAGAAACAAAAAACAAACCUAGAGGAGUUGAUCAAUUUGGAAAAGGAGAAAGCUCGAGAAGACUCGACUGAAAAGGAUGACGAAAUCGAUCAACUUAGGAUACAACAUAAGGAUGAGAUUCAACAAAUAGAAAAAAAGUUGAAGAGCCUAGAAUAUAAAUACUCUUCGUACGUCCCCAAGUCUGAUUUGGAUGAUUUAAUGCUUUUGAUGUCUGAUUUGGAUGACAAGAACAAGGCGUAUAAGUCACAUUUGAGGAAACUAGGUGAAAUCGUUGAAAGUGAUGAGUCCAGUGAUGAUGAAGAAGAUGAUGAUGACGAUGAGGAGGAGGAUUAG